AUGAAGCGCUGGACCACGUCUGCUGGAGCCCUGGGGGGAACCCAAGCUCUCAGUCGGAGGGAACUGUGGACCGCCAAGAGAGUCUUCUUCCUUACACCACAAAUAAUGAUGAAUGAUCUUUCUCGUGGGACGUGUCCUGCUGUGGAGGUUAAAUGUUUGGUGAUUGAUGAAGCCCACAAAGCCCUUGGAAAUCAUGCCUACUGUCAGGUUGUAAGGGAACUAAGCAAAUACACAGAUCAGUUUCGGAUCUUGGCCUUAACCGCCACACCAGGCAGUGAUACGAAGGCUGUGCAGCAAGUUAUUUCCAACUUACUCAUAGCUCAGAUAGAGCUUUGUGCUGAAGAUUCUCCGGAAAUUCAGCCUUAUUCUCAUGAGCGACAAGUGGAAAAAAUUGUUGUUCCACUUGGUGAAGAACUGGUAGAAAUUCAGAAUGCUUACAUCCGGGUGCUAGAAACAUUUGCUGGACGCCUGAUUAAAAUAGGAGUUUUAGCAAGGCGGGAUAUUCCCAGCCUUACGAAGUACCAGAUAAUUCUAGCAAGAGAUCAAUACAGAAAAAACCCUUCUUCACAAAAUCUGGGCAUACAUCAAGGCAUAAUUGAAGGAGAUUUUGCACUUUGUAUCAGUUUAUAUCAUGGUUAUGAGCUGCUGCUGCAAAUGGGAUUACGGUCGUUAUUUAUCUACCUUGGUGGAAUUAUGGAUGGAUCAAAAGGGUUAACCCGUACGAAGAAUGAACUUGGUCGUAAUGAGGACUUCAUGAAGCUCUAUCAGCAGCUUAGAGACCUGUUUUCAGACACACCUCUGGCUUCAGCAAAUGGAAAUGUUUACAAGAGUAAAACAGUGUUUGAAAAUAAAAAGGAAUUUAUCUACAGUCAUCCAAAAUUAAGGAAGUUGGAGGAAAUUGUAAUAGAACACUUCAAAUCCUGGAAGAAGGGGUGUUCUGGUAACACAUCUGUGGAUGCUGUGGACACCAGAGUGAUGAUCUUCUCAUCGUUUCGAGACAGCGUGCAAGAAAUUGCAGAAAUGCUUUCCCGGCUCAGUCCGGUUGUCAGAGUAAUGACAUUUGUUGGCCACUCCACAGGAAAGAACACGAAGGGCUUCACGCAGAAGGAACAACUUGAGGUGGUAAAACGCUUUCGUGAAGGUGGGUAUAACACUCUGGUGUCUACCUGUGUCGGGGAAGAAGGCUUGGACAUUGGAGAAGUUGACCUCAUCAUCUGCUUUGAUGCUCAGAAAAGCCCAGUUCGCCUUGUGCAAAGGAUGGGCCGAACGGGGCGCAGGCGGCAGGGCAGGAUCGUUGUCAUCCUCGCCGAAGGGCGGGAGGAACGGACUUACAAUCAAAGCCAGUCUAACAAAAGGAGCAUCCACAAAGCUAUUUCAGGAAACAAAAUGCUGCAUUUCUACCAGCGUAACCCACGUAUGAUUCCGGAAGGCAUAAAUCCAAAGUUGCAUAAAAUGUUUAUUACUGCUGAAAAAUAUGAACCGAGCAAUUCAAGAGCACUUUCCAAAGAGAGAAGAUCUAAUUCCUUCCAGCAUAAAUCUGCUCCCUUUUCCUGUGUCACCGGCCAAAAGCAAAUACAUUGUCAUGAGAAUUGGUCUCUGUCUCCUGAGGAAUUUGAAAUAUGGGACAGACUUUACAGGAUUAAGGAAAGCGAUGGAUUAAAGGAACUGAUAUUGCCUCAAACUCAGUUUGAAACCUUAGAAAACGUGGAAGAAAUAUCAAAGCAUGAAGAGGGGGCAACUCACAAACUUUCCUUGUCCGAAUGGAGAAUUUGGCAAAAUCGUCCUUUUCCUACGUCCAUGGUUGAUCACUCGGAUCGUUGCUACCAUUUUAUCAGCGUUAUGGAAAUGAUAGAACUGAUGAGACAUGAAGAGGGAGAUUGCAGCUAUGAACUGGAGAUUCAGCCCCACUUACAUAUCGAAGACACUGCUGCUGUUAAAGCCAAAGAGGAGCUUCUCUGGAAUGACAGCUUUGAUAGUCUGUUUGGCAAAGAAGAGUUCAGUGAAAUUCAAAAGAUAACUCCAACAGUAAAUCACAGUCUGACAAAUAACCUUUCAAAUAAGUAUUUUGUUCAAGAAGAUCUUGAAACAAACAAGAAAAAUGUGAUUACUGAUGAAGAGAAGAGUAUACAUUUAUUUGAAGAUGACCACAUUCGUGCUUCAGAGGUGUGCUGCAUGAACGCCACCACAACCUGCGAGGAGCAGCCAGUAAGCAGUAAAACCACAGCCAUGGAAAUGUCAGGUGAUCUUAGUGUGACGGAGCAGUUUCUGGGCAACGAAGAUCUUUAUGACUGUUCUCAAGAACUCUUUUCUGUUAACUUUGAUCUGGGAUUUUCCAUUGAAGAAUGUGAGAAUGAAAUCUUUGAAGAAGAUACAAAUACUAUCAGAACCAGCAGUGACAGUGAAGAAGAGAUCGUUUUCCAGAGAAAAAAUAGGAAAAAAAAGAAUGUUUUGGAGUCUCCUGAUGUUAUGAACGAUAGUGAUUUUGAAUCUCCAGUUCGUGCCGUCAGAAAACGUCGAUACCCGCUUCACAUGUCAGAGGUGUCCAGUGAUGACAGCAUGGAUUUUCACAAGAACUCAAGUAGGACCACACACAGCAGCCCAGCAGCCUCUGACAAAAAGCAGCCGAGAAGUACGAAGCGGCAGAAGGUCAGGAGCAAUUUUACAUGCAAGAAUGCAGCGAGACAGUUCUUAGAUGAAGAAGCUGAGCUGUCCCAGCAAGAUGCGGAUGGUGUUUCCACUGACGAGAGCGAUGGUGCAGAGGAUGAGCUGAACUCUUCACUUGCCCAGUUCCUGAACGAUGACGCGGAGGUCACGCAAGUGUUAAAUGACUGUGAGAUGAAAGGAGUUUACCUGAAAUCUGUGCGUAGUCCAGCUCUUGGCAAUAGGUACAAAAUGGUUCAUCGUGAAUUCAACAACAUGGCAAUCUUCUCACAGGUUCCUGAGCAAGACCAGACUUACGCAGAAGACAGUUUCUGUGUUGGAGAGGAAGAAGAGGAAACUUGCAAAAAAAGUGAAUCUAGUGAGGAGGAAGUUUGCGUUAAUUUUGACCUCCUCAAUAAUGAGAGUUUUACUAGUGGAAGAAAGCAAUACCUCACUCGCCGCAGAAAAAAGUUAAACCAGGCCAGGAUGGAAGAGAACUGCUCUGUCCCAGUGCAAAAGAAGAAACCAUCCCGAAUUAUCGUUCUCAGUGAUUCCAGCGGGGAAGAAACAAGUGUCAGCAGUGAGAAGCCCAUGAAAACAGACUGUUGCUGGGCAGAACAGGAACAUGCGAAGUUACCCAAGUCGUUGCCUUCAGCCUCUUCUGCACAGCACAAAAAAAUGGCUGGGGAAAUCGGGGGUCCUCAGUCUGCGGAGAGUAAGAGCGAGAUGCUUCUCGGCUUGGAAGCUUCAGUAUCUGAUCUGCUGGAUUUUCACCCGGAGCGUCGAGUCAGGAGCACGUGCGUUCCACCGGCUGUCACCGCUGCUGAUCCGGGGAGAGAGGGGCUCCAGGCUCCCGCUGAGCAAAAGCCUUCGCUCUGCGUCCUGGCAGACAGCCGUGAGAUCUCCUCCGGAGCAGCGGUGAUUUCUGCCCUGAAGGCAGUUCACGGAGUGAAGGUGCAGGUUUGCUCGCUGAGCAGCAGCGACUACGUCGUGAGCAACCGCAUGGCAGUGGAGAGGAAAUUGCUGUCGGAGCUGCUGAACUCUGUGAACAGGAGCAAAGUCGCCCAGCGGAUCCAGCGCCUGCAGAGCAUGUUUGAGAGAAUCUGUGUGAUUGUGGAAAAGGACAGGAUUAAACCAGGAGAAACGUCACGGUUCUUCCAGAGGACGCAGUACUACGACGGUGUGCUCUCAGCCUUGGUCCAGGCUGGGGUCCGAAUCCUUUUCAGCUCUUGCCAAGAGGAAACCGCCGGUUUGCUCAAAGACCUGGCUUUGGUGGAGCAAAGGAAAAACGCCGCCAUUCGCGUGCCGACGGAGGUGGAGGGUCACAGACGGGACAUGCUCAACUUCUACUUGAGUAUCCCGAACCUCAGCUACGUGGCGGCUCUCAACAUGUGCCACUACUUCGACUCUGUGAAGAGGAUGGCCAACAGCCCCCCGCCGGACAUCGCCGCGGGCGCCCAGGUCGGCCCGCAGAAGGCGGAGGAGAUCUACCGCUACCUCCGCUACGGCUUUGAGGCGCAGAUGCUGCCCGAGAACCUCGGGGCCAAGGGGAGCAGCAGCGCGGCUGCCAGGAGCUGA